AUUUAGUAAAGAUGAUCGCAAAUCCUUGCUCAAGAUUAGCCCUGCGCAAAAUGGUUCGCCCAUUUGCCUAUGUAGUAAAGACCACUCCUGAAGAGUAUACUAAGGAGUUUACUUUCUCCAUUAUCAAACCUGAUGGGAUGCAGAAUUUGGGUCCAAUCUUUGAUAGAUUAGCCAAAGAAGAUUUCUACAUAAGAAACUUGAGAAUGACUAGAUUUAACAAAGCCAUUGCAAAAGUAUUUUAUGACGAGCACGUUGGCAUGCCAUAUUUUGAAAUAUUCAGAGAGUUCAUUACCUCUGGACCUAUCAUUGGAAUGCAACUUAAGAGGCUAGAUGCAAUCAGACAUUUUAGAACUGUGAUAGGUCCAACCAAUUCAGAGGAAGCUAGAGAAGUCGCCCCAGAAAGUAUCAGAGCUCAAUUAGGAACUGAUAACAGAAUCAACACUAUACAUGGAGCUGAUAGCGACGCUAGCGCUACUAGAGAGUCCGAAUUCUUCUUUAGACCUCAAAGCUUAAUGAAAAGGAAUCCAUUCAAGUAUCCUAAUACAAUUCUAAUGUUAAAGCCAGACCUUAUUAUGAAUGGAAAGCUUGGAACUGUUCUUGGUGGUAUCCAAGAAGCUGGAUGUGAGAUCAAUGCUAUGCAAAGCUUCACCACUGAGCAACUUGAGGACUUAAGAAGAACUAUGGGAACUUAUGGACCAAAGGUAAUUAGAGAAAUCAAACCAGGAAUAAGUAUCUUACUCGAAAUAUCCCAUCCAAAAGGAUUCAAUAACCUUCUUGAAGAAAUGCUCAGAAUAGAAUCUGAGAAUGGAACAGGAUAUACUCACUUUGAUAGAGGGGAGGAACACUUGUCUGAGAUGAUCUUUUACUAAAUAUCGAUGAAUCUAUUACUUUGCAAUA